GGUCAAAGGCUUUGAAGCAACCAUGGAUAAAAGAGGAGGCAUAACAGAAACUGAAAAUGGUGAUGCUUUCCUGGAGCUGAACAGAAUUACAACAAAAUACCCACAUCGCUACACGAAGGAGGAACUGCUGGAUAUUAAAGAGCGUCCCUACUCUAAGCAAAGACCUUCGUGUCUUUCUGAAAAAUACGACAGUGAUGGUGUCUGGGAUCCAGAGAAGUGGCAUGCAUCUUUAUAUCCAACUUCAGGAAGAACUUCACCAGUGGAAAGCUUUAAAAAAGAUUUGGAUUCAGAGCGGACUUCUCUUAUGCGUAGGAUAGUAGAUCCAAGAGAACGAGUGAAAGAAGAUGACUUGGAUGUAGUCUUAAGUCCACAAAGGCGAAGCUUUGGAGGUGGCUGUCAUGUAACUGCAGCUGUUAGCUCACGUCGAGCUGGGAGCCCAUUGGAAAAGGAGAAUGAUGGUGUCCGUGUUAUUGGUGGCCGUAGGAUUGGCAGUGGAAGAAUUAUCUCUUCUCGUAACUUUGAUAAAGACCACCGGGGUGGUGAAAAAGACUUACGUGAUUCUAGAGAUGCAAGAGACAGAGAUCGUGACAGGGACUACAAAGAUAAACGCUUCAGGAGAGAAUUUGGUGACAGCAAACGUAUCUUUGGGGAGCGAAGAAGGAAUGACUCUUACACUGAAGAGGAACCUGAGUGGUUCUCUGCUGGUCCUACAAGUCAGUCUGAAACCAUUGAGCUCACAGGCUUUGACGAUAAAAUUCUGGAGGAAGAUCACAAAGGGAGAAAACGUACAAGGCGACGUACAGCCUCACUAAAAGAAGGGAUAGAAUGCAAUGGUGGAGUGGCAGAAGAGGAUGAAGUUCAAACUGUCCUUGCCAAUGAAACUCCAGCAGAUCAAGAAGUUCCUAGGGAAGCUGUUUUACAAGAACCAGCUCCAGGAGAGUUUGACUUCAAUGAGUUCUUUAACUUGGAUAAAAGUGUUCCUGGCUUGGCUUCAGUGAGUAGGGGUGCUAGCUGCCAGGACUUUGCUGAUGGCACAGACUCUGACUUGAAGAAUGCAGCCUUCUUAGUCCCAGAAUGGUUCAGCAUGUGGUUUUCUAAUCCUAGUCGUUCUGGAAGUCGGUCAAGCAGCUUGAGAUCCACACCACAUGAGGAACUGGAAAGGCUAGCAGGUCUAGAGCAAGCCAUUCUCUCCCCUGGCCAGAACUCUGGAAACUACUUUGCUCCCAUUCCAUUGGAAGACCACUCUGAAAACAAAGUGGACAUCCUAGAAAUGCUACAGAAAGCCAAAGUGGAUUUAAAACCUCUUCUCUCAAGUCUUUCAGCCAACAAGGAAAAGCUUAGAGAGAGCACGCAUUCAGGAGUUGUACUUUCAGUGGAAGAAGUCGAAGCUGGGCUAAAAGGCCUGAAAGUGGAUCAGGAGGGGAAAAUUGCUACUCCAUUUAUGGCUGAACAAAUGGAGGAAGCAUUGAAUGUUGCUGGCUCCAGACAGAUCAAGAAAGAUGGAGAUAUGACUGCGUUUAACAAACUAGUCAGCAGCAUGAAGGCAAGUGGGACUCUACCUUCACAGCCCAAAGUCAAUCAGAGCCUUGAGAGCCACUUAAUGUCACCUCCAGAGAUGCCAGGCCAACCUCUAUCAAAGAAUAUUCUGCAGGAACUUCUUGGUCCACCCAUUACCAGACCUGCUUCAUCAAAUGUCUUAAGUGGCCUGAUAGGUGGUUUGGAACCUGCAGCCUCUUUACUGACACAAAGAGCACCUUCUCCCCCUAUUCCACCCGUGUUUCCAACUCGAGCUGCUUCUGCAGAUUACCUGCGCCAUAGAAUAUCUUCACCCAUUGGUUUUGGACAAGGUUCUCAGCAAUUGCUUGGGGAUCCAUUUCCAGGUGUAAGGAAGCCCAUGAGUCCAGUUGCUGCACAGAUGAGUCCCUUGGAAAUACAGCAGGCUGCGUUAGAGGGACUAGCGUUGCCACAUGACUUAGCCAUACAGGCAGCAAACUUCUAUCAGCAUGGCUUUGGAAAACCACAAAUGGACAAAAGCAGAGAUGGCUACAGAAACAGGCAGCAGCGAGUGGCUAAAUCACCUGCACCAGGACACAGAGGGAAUGCAUCUUCUCCAGCCCCUACAGCAUCCAUUACUAGCAUGCUCUCUCCUUCCUUUACACCUACCUCGGUGAUUCGCAAGAUGUAUGAGAGCAAGGAAAAAAGCAAAGAGGAGCCUGUUUCUGGGAAGAUGAAAAUCAGUGAUGGUAAAGAUGAAAAUCAGAGGCCAAAUGAAGAUAACCUACUGUCUAGUUCUGUGGAGAAUGCAGAUCAAGAAACUUUGCCCACCUUAGGUACCAAACUACCUGCACUGCAACGCUCUGCAUGUUCCACACCUCUUACCCAAGCAAAUCGUUGCACCAAAGAGCAAGACUACAGGCCUAAAUCAACUGGUAGAAAGACUCCUACAAUGGCCUCCCCAGUACCAGGAGGCCCUUUUCUUCGUCCUGUUCAUCAAGUACCCCUUGUUCCCCAUGUACCAAUUGUACGACCUGCUCAUCAACUGCAUCCAGGAUUGGUCCAGAGAAUGCUGGCGCAGGGGGUUCAUCCGCAACACCUUCCUCUACUGCAAGCAGGUAUGCUUCCUCCUGGAGUGGACCUGUCUCACUUGCAGGGAAUAUCUGCUCCCAUCCUUGGCCAGCCUUUCUACCCGCUGCCAACAGCCAGCCAUCACAUGUUAAAUCCACGCUCUGGGACACCUUUGCAGCUAGCGAUGAUGCAACAGCAGUUACAACGAUCAGCUUUACAUUUCACAGGCACUGGAGCACAGGGAUCACCCACUGGUGCACAAACAGCCUCUCAGAACGUGCUGUCUCGGACUGGAUUAUCUCAUGGGCACACACAGCUUGACCAUCGCCCCAGCCAGAGAAGUGGCUCUCCCAUUGGCCUUGCAAAAUGGUUUGGUUCAGAUGUCUUGCAGCAGCCUCUCCCUUCCAUGCCAUCCAAAGUCAUCAGUGUAGAUGAACUGGAAUACCGGCAGUGAACAGUGACCACUGGGUGGGACACUUGUGAUUCUUUAGACUGGAUAAAAAUGUCCAUAGUCAGGACUUCACCUCUGUUUGUUUUUUGGGGCUUUUAUUUUUAGCACUCUGUGCAGAAUUUCUUUUUGAGAGACUAAAGCACAUGGCACCUGUCCUGGUCUCAUGUCUGCAUCAAGACUAAAGGAUCCAUUGUGGCUUGAAUAGUGAAGCCUGAAGAAAUUUAGAUGCAAGACAAAGCCAGUUUAAUUCUGGAAGUGUCUAUUUUUUGUUUUUGUAAGAUAUGUGAAUGAAGUGCUGAUAUUCUCCAGUGUAGAGGUAGCAGCUAUGGAUUCCUCCUGCAGAAAACUAAAUGUAUAGACCCUUGUGUACAGACUUGUGUAUAAACAAUCUUUUGUAUAUAUACACAUAGAAUAGCCUUUUUGAAUCUAUACAGCUGUACAUAAGAGUAGCUGGUAACAGUUGAGCUUUAGUUGUGCCUAUGGUUUGGAUCUUUCUCCAUUGUACAUGUGGGACUUUCUUUAAGAUUAAAGUUGCAUAUCCUAAAUGUGAGUGAACAGGAUAAAGUUGCUUUGCCUUUUCUUGCUGCUCAUCUCCUCUAGGUCUCCCUCUCACAUUCUUCUGUCACAUACUGUGCUAGCUCAAGUGUCAAAGUAAAAAGCCCACGUCUUGCUCUCUGUAUAACAAAGGUCCGAUUCCUUGUGUGUAUGACUCUUGCCAUCAAAUGAGUUUUGUUUAGUCUUCAAACAGCCUUGAGGAUGGGACCUCCUACAGGAACAAUAAAACCAGAUCUUCAGUCUGCCAUAAGCAAAGAGACUGUAGGUACCUACUGGUCAUAGCUCUUUCAAGAAGGCUGGUGCAGUAUUUUCCUUGUUUUAAUCUUUCAAACCAGUUACUAAAGGUCAUCAAAAUGGAGCCUUUGAAUCCUCACCCUUCAGCUCCUGAGUUACAGCUGUGGUAUGUUCUACUCUGCUUUCAGUUCUAUUGAUAGAAGGGAGUCCCAAGAACUGUCCUCAAUCUAGUGUGCAUCAACUGAUGGAUGCAAUUACUGUGAAACUUGCCUUUGGAGUCUUGUUCUGUGGCUUGAAAGGGGGAGGAUGGGGUUGUUUUGUGAUCUUACUGUGUAUAUUUGGUUUUAAAAUACUAUGUUCCUUUUAAGCCUGUUUCACUUUCCUGAACAGAUAAGUGUUCUCUUCCAUCCUUCUACUGCAUGGUUCCUCACUUCACUUUCUCACUUGUGUUGAGUCUAGUACUGCUGUCAUGUCCUCUAUCUAGCUUAGGCCAUUGUGCUCUUUUAAAAAAGGUGAAAGCAAAACCAGAAUUAUCACGGACUUGCUCUUUCUUAGGUCUCACUGAAUGCAAAACCAGCAGCAGGAAAAAAAAAAGUAAUCACUUGACUGUAUUAUAACAAUUGCCAGCAUGCUGUGGUGGGUUUGGUUCAGUCCAGCAGAGACAAUGUUGUACAGAAAUAGCAAGCUGAAAAUUUCCAAUGUGGAAUCUGUUGGGGGGUCACCCAUACUUCUAGUGGUUGUUCCUAAAACAAUCUGUGUAAAACAUGCAAUCACCAGCUUGUCCUUGUAAGAUUGUUUUCAUACUUUUUUAACUUGACACUUUCCCAGUAACAUUCUGUAAAUAAAGUUGAUUCUACCA